AUGGAUUCGUUUGUCAUGGAUCGAACUGAGGAUAUUUUAUCGCCACUACUGAUGAAAAUCGGCAACAGGUUGUAUCGCAAGAACCCAACUAAAUCAACUAAUUCCACAUUAGUUCCAGUUGGUUGUCUCGAAAAUGAAUGUGAACCUGAUGAAGAUGCCAUUAAUGAUGAUUUCGGCUCAGAUCAGACCUGUUAUUUUGUAGAGGAUAUUCACUCUGAGUCUGGAGGAUGUGUUGCGAAACUUUAUGUCCCACGAGUUUUCUAUUCUCGCAUAAUUGGUACAAGACAAGUCAAGAAACAUGAGCUUGAGUCAGAAUUCCUCUGUCGACUCACUUUUCCCUCUCCUCAGUCUACCCUUUCCCAUAUCAAGAUCUUUUCCAAGUCUGAAGCUGGUAUUCUCGGCGUAGUUCGGCGCAUUGCUUGGAUUAUCUCCGAGUCUAGAUCAAAAAUGAACCCUACUCACUUUGUUUGUAUACCUCUCAUCAGUAAUGAAAUCAAAGGGUCAUACUUGACAUUUAAAAAAGAUGUUUUGAAACACGCUGAAUCUGAUGCUGUAGGAGCUUUCCGUGGUAUUGAUGAUGAUCUUUUUGUUUCCGAGCACAAACUCCAUUUCACUCUUGCAACGCUGUUUCUUGCUGACCAGAAGGAAGUUAGACUAGCUUCACAGUUGUUGACUUCUUUCAUGGAUCACACAGAUGAGGGUAAGACGUUCGAUCGUUCACCAUUAUGUUUAACCAUUUGUGGACUUGGCUGCAUGAAUGAUGAUCCCAGGUCAGCGCAAGUCCUCUAUUUGUCCGUAAAUCCAAUUGAUGCUUUACUAUCUUUGGGCAAAUAA